CAAAGUGCUUCAUUUAACUCCUUUUCCUGUUUUUUCCGUGAGAAUUAUCUGUAUGGAUGGCUAGUUCCUCACCGGACUGAGAAAACAAGAAGAACUGGAGCGGGGGAAAAAUGGAGCCUCUUACUCUGGAAAGCUGUUGAAGAAGAACCGCGUGAAGUCAGGAUGUCAGUGUUUUCAGCCGUCUGUGACUUCAUCUUCACAUAAGCUACUAACACACAAACUUUGUGGACAGAUUUUUUAUGUUUUCAGUCACUUUCUUGAACAAUCGUUUGGAUAAAAGAGAAAACGGCGAUAUAGUUUGGGAACUGGAUCUUUUUUUUUUCAAGUGGUCGUGUUGGGAAGCAAAUGAAAAUGUUGGAGAUUUGUCUAAAAUUGGUGGGCUGUAAAUCCAAAAAAGGUCUUUCUUCGUCCUCCAGCUGUUACUUUGAAGAAGCGCUUCAGCGGCCGGAUUUCGAGGCUCCGGGUCUGUCCGAGGCGGCACGCUGGAACUCCAAAGAGAAUCUGCUGGCGGGACCCAGCGAAAAUGACCCCAAUCUGUUCGUAGCGCUGUAUGACUUCGUCGCGAGUGGCGAUAACACUCUCAGCAUCACCAAAGGAGAGAAGCUGAGGGUUCUGGGAUACAAUCACAAUGGCGAGUGGUGCGAGGCGCAGACCAAGAACGGCCAGGGCUGGGUUCCCAGCAACUACAUCACACCCGUCAACAGCCUGGAGAAGCACAGCUGGUACCACGGGCCCGUGUCCCGCAACGCCGCCGAGUACCUGCUGAGCAGCGGCAUCAACGGCAGCUUUCUGGUGCGGGAGAGCGAGAGCAGCCCGGGACAGAGGUCCAUCUCGCUGCGCUACGAGGGCCGCGUCUACCACUACCGCAUCAACACGGCCUCCGACGGCAAGUGGCUCGGUUCUCUGGCUCACGCUCUCGUGUCUGUUCCUCUGCAGCUGUAUGUUUCGUCGGAGAGCCGCUUUAACACACUCGCGGAGCUGGUGCACCAUCACUCCACGGUGUCUGACGGUCUGAUCACCACGCUGCAUUACCCAGCGCCCAAACGCAACAAGCCCACCAUCUACGGCGUCUCGCCCAACUACGACAAAUGGGAGAUGGAGCGCACAGAUAUCACCAUGAAACACAAGCUGGGAGGAGGACAGUACGGAGAGGUGUACGAGGGAGUCUGGAAGAAAUACAACCUGACCGUGGCGGUCAAAACACUGAAGGAGGACACGAUGGAAGUGGAGGAGUUUUUAAAAGAAGCCGCGGUCAUGAAAGAAAUCAAACAUCCGAACCUGGUGCAGCUGUUGGGUGUCUGCACACGGGAACCUCCGUUUUACAUCAUCACUGAGUUCAUGACCCACGGAAACCUGCUGGAUUACCUGCGUGAGUGUAAUCACAAGGAGGUCAACGCUGUGGUGCUGCUCUACAUGGCCACGCAGAUCUCCUCCGCCAUGGAAUACCUGGAGAAGAAGAACUUCAUCCACAGGGAUCUGGCCGCCCGUAACUGCUUAGUUGGGGAAAACCACUUGGUUAAAGUGGCAGAUUUUGGACUGAGUCGCCUGAUGACUGAAGAAACCUACAUAGCCCAUGUAGGAGCCAAGUUCCCCAUUAAAUGGACCGCCCCGGAGAGUCUGGCCUAUAACAAAUUCUCCAUCAAGUCAGACGUGUGGGCAUUUGGAGUCCUGCUUUGGGAAAUCGCCACCUAUGGGAUGUCUCCGUAUCCUGGAAUCGACUUGUCUCAAGUGUACGAGCUACUAGAGAAAGAUUACCGCAUGGACAGACCCGAGGGAUGCCCAGAGAAAGUCUACGAGCUCAUGAGGGCCUGCUGGAGGUGGAACCCUGCAGAGCGUCCUUCUUUUGCUGAAACCCACCAGGCGUUUGAGACGAUGUUUCAAGAGUCCAGUAUCUCCGACGAGGUGGAGAAAGAGUUGGGCAAAAAGGGUAAAAAGCUCACGCUGGGUCCGAUGCAACAGGCUCCAGAACUUCCCACUAAGACGAGGACAGUGCGAAGACAUGCGGACAGCAGGGAUGGCGACAGUCCGGACGCGGCGGAGGCCGAGGUUACCGGGCCCCCGAUGCUCCCGAGGCCUGUCCUUGAUAGCAACCUAAACGAAGACGAUCGCCUCCUAGCCAAAGAUAAGUUCCGAAUGAAUCCGUUCAGUUUAAUCAAGAAAAAGAAGAGAACGGCUCCGGCACCCCCUAAACGCAGCAGCUCCUUCGGGAAGAUGGAUGGGCACCUGGACCGUAGAGGACUGGCUUCCGACUGCAAAGAUGAUUUUAACAACGGCGCUCCCAUCAACGACUGCAUCGACUCUUCUCAUUUAGUCAGCUCCAACUGUACAACGAUUGUCGGAGUCACCAAUGGAGCCCCGGCUUAUCCCGGUCAGCUCUUUCCAUCUCAUUCACGGAAAAAGUGCACAACGUCGGCUGGCGGAGGGAAGCUUGCCACGACUCCACCCACAGAAGAAGACACCAUGUCGAACUCCAAGCGCUUCCUAAGGUCUUCUUCCGCCUCUAGCAUGCCUCCGGGGUCCGAGCGCACCGAGUGGAAGUCGGUCACCUUGCCCCGUGAUAUCCAGUCGUCUCACUUCGACUCGGGAACCUUCGGAGGAAAGCCAGCUCUGCCUCGCAAGAAAGCUGAUUGUGUGCCCCGUGGUGGCACCCUUACUCCACCACCGCGCCUUCCCAAGAAAACCGACUCGGAUGCACCGGACGACGUGUUUAAGGACUCGGAGUCUAGUCCUGGAUCAAGUCCCUUGACUCUGACACCGAAGCUCAGCCGUCGGACGGAAAGCUCCAAAACCAGCGCCUUACAAGCGGAGCUGUUCAAACCCAACGUGCUUCCGCCUCUAGGAGACGAAUGCAGACCUCGUAGGCUCAAGAACUCUUCCGAAGUCCCUGGACAAAGAGAGAGAGAGAAGGGGAAGUUCACCAAACCCAAACCAGCUCCUCCUCUGCCUCCGGUCUCGAGCGGCAAAUCCGGAAAGACUUCGAGGAGCCCCACUUUGGACGUUUCUUCGGAUACCAAAGUCAAAGGCUCGUCUGAACACAACCCUCCAAGUCCCGGAUCCGCAGAACAAGGCAAAGGUGUGAGCCUUUCCCAAGAAAAUGCUAAGAAAGUGCCAAAAAACACCUCAAAAGCGCAGCCCCCAAAGACGACUUCUAUAUCCCCAAGCGGUCAGCUGCCAGGGAUGGGAACGGGAUCGGCUCUCAGUGAUCCGGGAUCCAACUUCAUUCCCCUCAUGACGACUCGCCGCUCGCUAAGGAAGACGCGGCAGCCGUCAGAGCGGCUCUCCAACUCCUGCAUCACGCGCGAGAUGGUCUUGGAGAGCACCGAGCUCCUGCGAGCCGCCAUCGGCCGCAUGUCAGAGCAGACCGGCAGCCAUAGCGCGGUGCUGGAAGCCGGCAAGAAUCUGUCCAAGUAUUGCGCCAGCUACGUCGAGUCCAUCCAGCAGAUGCGCAACAAGUUUGCGUUCCGCGAAGCCAUCAAUAAGUUGGAGAGCAGCCUGCGCGAGCUGCAGAUCUGCCCCGCCGCCACCGGGGGAGCCAACACACCUCAAGACUUUUCAAAGCUGCUUUCCUCCGUCAAGGAGAUCAGUGACAUUGUUCAGAGGUAGCGCAGAAGAGCACGGAUGAGACCGGGAUCAUCUGCGCGUCUGGGGCUGCUCUGGUCAUGUGACCCACCUCAGCUUUUCUCAUGCCAAAUAGAGGAACGUUUCCAAACGCUUCAGUGUCUUAAUACUGUGCCCGAGUGCAGGGGAACCGUUCCUCCAGAGUCCGUUUGGCCAUCUACCUGUAGCCCAGGGUCAAGUCACACUGACUUGAGUUGAGCCUUUCUCUGUAAUUCAUUGACUUUCCUCACUGCAAAAAAUGACUAGUGUAAAUGUCUACAAAUUCUGGAAUUAAGAUGCUUACCUGACAAGUAAAGAGAAUCGAGAUAUGAAGAGUUCAUUUGCAAAAACAGAUAACUCUUAAACAGAUAACAAUUCUCAAAAAUCAUGUUUUAUCAUUAUGCAUUCCGGUUAAUCUGUCAACAGACAGACACAGUAAAACACAAAAACAUAACGAUAAAAAAACAUGAUUUUUGAAAAGGAAAUUAGUUUUUGCAAAUAAUAAGAAAUUGUCUUGUUUUCUGAAAAAAAAUCCAAAUUCUGUUAUUUUUUGCUUUAAAGGUGCCAUGUGUAAAAAUUGAGGUAAAAAUAUCCAAAAAAUGACCUACACGCAUCAAAAGAAUGA